CACGUAUUAAUCGUAUUGAACGUCUGGAUCGCCUGUGGCGUGUCGAAACGUUUCGCUGCCAUGAACAACGUUUGCAAUUGGCGAUGGCCAUGGACGGGUCUUCGAUCAGUACACGCUAUCUUUUUAUUGGCAAUUUUUGUGCUGGUUGUCUUGGCUUUAACGAUGAAAACACAGUUGAUGGCAUCUCCCAAAGUUUCCGUACAAGAGAAGGACUUUCAUCCGAUUCCGUAUACAACAAUAGCUCAAUGCGAACGCGAGGAAAAUGGCGAGUUUAACUGUCCCGAUAUUCGUCUGAAAGGACCAACCUUGCUUCGCCGAUGCCAGCUAGUACUGACGAGGCUUAUCAGAGUGUUUGAUCUCAUUGCUAAAAAGCACGGUAUUAGAUAUUGGUUAUACAGAGGAACCCUGCUCGGAGCAGUGAGGCACAACGGACAUAAUCCGUUUGACACCGAUGUAGACAUUGCCAUUCCUAAAGCAGACUUCGACAAGUUUAUCAAAUAUGGUGCGAGUGAACUUCCCGACGACAUUUUCUUGCAAACGGAAGAAACGGACCCUUAUUACAAAGUCCUAUUUCAUAGCGGAAUGCUUGGAAAAUUGCGAGACAAGAAGAGUUGCUAUCAGACCUGUAUGAGCUGUAAACAGGCGCACGGCUUGCAGUUGGAUAUGUUUGUAGUCGAAAGCGACACCGACGGAAAUUUCAUCGAGUCGUACAGUGACUCCAAAUGGUAUAGACGUAUCAUUUACGGGCCGAUUGUAAGAAAGAAAAGCGAAAUCUUUCCUUUGACGGAAGUUAAUUUUGACGGUUUUAUUUUGCCUGCUCCACGAAAAUGGAAGAAAAUGUUAACGUCAUUGUAUGGUGAUUUUAUGACAGUUCCCUACGAUCAACCGCCUGGACACAUCAUAACAGAUGUGUUACGUAGCUGUGAAGAGAUCAAAGAAAAAACCCUCGAGUUAAAAAGCUCCAAUAUCUCUAUUUGAUCUAUAGAAAAGAUACCUUGGUUACCAGAGGAAUUUUUGUGUCUGCUUAUGUGCAACUUAGCGUGUCUGCUAAUAUGCAAAUUAGCAGACACAAUGCAGACCUGUAAAAUUCAUAUAGCAAAACAUUUUCGUAAUUCUGCAAUGAAUUCGUGAUUUAGUCGUGAACUAUACUCGGAAUCUCAACAAUAGGCCUGAACAAAACACCGAUUCCAGACGACUUUCGGAACCAAUCGAAUGCGAGAAAGUGACACUCGAGCUUAAACAACGACGAAGCUGACGCCAAGGACGACUUGUAGUCAAAAAUAAAUUUAUAUUUUACAAGCGAUAUUCGCAAUUGUCGAGAUCUGUUCUGUACGCUAAUGGCUCUAAAAAUGUGCUCAGGCUAAAUAUGCAAUGCACGAGCGUUUCUUGGGCUGCCAGAUCCACUUGAAGCCCGCGUUAUAACUUUGCAGCGGUAGAUUUUGAGAUG